AUGAGUGACCUAUCGAAUAUGAAAGCUGUUCAAUUGCUAGAUUUACCCGAUGAACUAAUAUUGGCCAUUAUCAAGAAGGUUCAUCCCCAAGUUUUACUAUUUUGUUCCAUGAUUGAUAUUGAUAAUAAUCGGUUGAAACAACUUGCAUUCGAUGGAUGUCAUUCAAUCGAUUUUACUUUUGAUUACAUUAAUGCGCCACAUCGAUCCUUGAUGAAACGAUUUUACUCUGAUGUUAUGCCUCUUAUAGGCAAUAGUAUUCAAUCAUUAACAAUUGACCUUCAUCAUAUUAGACCUAUUGAUGAAUAUCAUCAAAAUACUGACAAUAAAACGCUCAAAAAUCUUAGACAUUUGAAAAUAAUGCUGGGUGCUAAACGUUCGAAAACAGGUGUGCCUUAUACGAUAGUUCAAUCCUUUGAACUCGAUGAUAAUUGUCUAUUAAGUAACUCAAUUACUGGUAAGCAAUUGCGUAUUCCUGAAGCAGUUCAAUUGACUCAUAUUCGUAUAUCAUUUUGGAAUUUUGCGCAAUGUGUCGGUUUAUUAAUUCAAUUAGGCUGUCAACUUCAAUCAUUGACAGUUACUAUAGCAAUGUCUGACGAAAAUCGAGAAACAUUGAAUAAUGUAAUUCAAUCGAUUUCAUGUCCGAAUUUGAAACAUUUGACGAUCAA